AUGAACAUCAAUCCUCAUCUCCAGUACUUGCAACAACAGCAAUCUGGAUCUAACCAAAAUGGCCAGUCGCCACAAAUGUCUCCCAUGCAAAUGCAGCAGCGCCAUUUACAACAGCAGCGUCAACAACUACUCAGUCAGCACCUUCAGCAACAACAGCAGCCUCAGCAGCCUCAGCAGCCUCAGCAGCAGCAGCAACAGCCACAACAACCGCAACAACCCCAGCAACCCCAGCAACAGAACUCUAAUGCGAAUCCCUUAUUAGCAGUGCUCAAUGGAGGAAUGAAUGUACAGAACGGCAACAAUAUCAACCCUGGUGGAAAUGCUUCGAAUAUGAAUUUCAAUCAGAAUGUGAAUCCUUUGUUGCAGAUGCAAUUACAACAAUUACAGCAACAACCUUCACGGGCUCAACAUAGUCAGUCUCAACAACAGGGUCCACAGAGACCUUUCCAAAACCAACAUCAUAUUCCUAUUCAGCAACAACAGCAAGUGCCCAUCAUAAAGGAGGUAUGGAACUUCAAUUUGGAGCACGAGUUCAAUGCAUUGCGGUCAUUUGUUAAUGACAAAACAUCCUCGGUCUUUGUUUCGAUCCAUCAAGAGAUCCCAGGCAUCGUUGCGAGACCUGUGGGUACUUUCAAGUCUUCUUCGGACUAUCAUUUUCAGACAUUAAGAUCAAAUGCCGAUUUAUUAAAUCUCAUUCAGUUGUCAUUAUGCGCUGUCAAGGUUAGAAACAACGAGAUCAGUAACUCGGUCAUUUGGCAAUUCAAUUUUGCGUACGAUUUGGCAGUCGAAAUGUUCAACGAAGAACACUUAUCUAUGUUGUCCCAGACAGCGCAAAUUAACUUUGCCUCUCAUAUGAGCAGAGGCAUUCCUCAUUUCAAUUUUGCAGAAUUGAUGAUGGAGAGCGGGUUGCUCUUGGACACAUCUAUAAACUGGUUGAGUUAUCACUCAGGAUAUGAUUUGGGGUUCCUCAUCAGUUUGUUAACGAAUGACAUUCUUCCAAACGAUGAAAAGGAGUUCUUCUGGUGGACAUCGAAGUACUUUCCGAACUUUUUUGAUAUGAAACAUAUCGGCACUCAAUUAUUGUCGUCUUCAGGUGGCAAAAUUGGAAAUAGUGGUUUAAACAAUAUUGGGAAUGAUAAGGAUCCCUUAGGACCAUCUGGGAUCAGUGGAGCUGCAGGUGAUUUGAACAAGAGCCUCACUUCAAAUAACAAACCAUCUGUUGAAUAUCUUGCGGAAGAAUUGCAUUUGCUACCAAUUUCUCCUGUGAUUCGUCAAUAUUUUGCGUCAUCAUCCCUUGGACAAUUUGCAAGCCAUCAGCAUCAGCAGAUGACUUCUACUUUGCAUGCCUACUUACUAAUGGAAUGUUUCAAGGAGUUGCUUAGGCAAGCAAAUUUCGAUUUUUCGAUCUUUGAGAAAUUCAAAGGUUAUUUAUGGGGGCUCGGAGACGUUGUUGAAAAGUCACUGAUACCAAAUGAAAAAACAAAAGUGACUACUUCCAUGAAGCAACUAUGGUAG